AUGUCAAUUAUUUAGCUGUUUAUAGGAUUCAUAAUAGGUACCAUAAUAUAUUAGACGGUUAUUAAAACACUCUAUUUAUAUUAUGUAUAUAAGAGAAGGUAUGGAAAGGAUAUAAUUGUUUUGUUUUAUCCUGUUAUUGGUUGGUAUUAUUUUGUCAAUUAAUCUUUUAAGAAAUAUGGAGAUUCCCACCAAUUUUAUAAAACUUUAAUCAAAGAAAAUCCAAACGCAAAAGCUAUUCUUGCUUUAUCUGGAUUUACCAAUAUUAUUACAAUAAUUGACACUAACUGGGUGAAGAAAUGUCUCACAAAUCAGCAUCUUUUUUUCAAGAAGGAUGGCCCUUUUGGAUUCGAUCUCUUAUUUGGUGAAGGUUUGUUAUUCAAAAAUAAGCAAGAAUGGAAGAACCAAAGAGCAUUUUUAUAAGGAAAUUUUCAUUUCAAUGCUUUAAUGGAAAGAUUUUAAAUGUUCAAAGAUUGUAAUUUGUAAUUCUGUUCAGAAGUUCCUUCUAACGGUGAGUAUGUUAAGCUCGAUUACUACAAUGAAGCUGCCAAGGUUAGCUCAGAUAUCAUUUCAUAUUCUUUUAUGGGUAGAUCUAUAAAUGAAAUUAAAUCCAAUUAGAAAUCUUUCUCUAUAGAACUCAUUAAUUUAGUGAAAGAUUGCUUUGUUUAUAGAAUUACUAAUCCUUUUUUUAUGAUAAAGGCUUCAGUCUUUGGACCUAGAAAGAGUACAACAUCUUUCAAUAGCUCUACUGAAAAAGGCCUUUUAAGCCGUAUAAAAUCUAUUAAUAAUUGUCUUUAUAAUAUUAUAGAAGAAAGAGAAUAAUAAUUGAAGAAAAAGUAUAAAAAUCAUAAUGAAAUGGUGCCUGCUAACUUCUUAGAUAUGUAUUUAAAAGAAAUUUGGAAGUAAGAAGAAGAAAAUAAAGAAUCAAAGAAUAAAAUUACUCUAACCAGAAAAGAAAUCGUAAAUUAAUAUAUAACUGUCAUUUUUGCUGGAACAGAUACUACUUCUCAUCUUAUUGGGAAUAUACUCUUCGAACUAAGUAGAAAUCCUGAUGUUUACUAGCGCCUAUAAAAGGAAAUAGAUGACAAUAUUCUUAGCUUUGAGAAUAUGAAGUAUGAAGAUUUAAAUAACUUGCCUUACUUAAGGCUUGUUAUUAAGGAAACACAAAGACUAUAUCCAGCAAUUUUUUAUCUUUUUGGUAGAUUUAUGGAUAAGAGUUAUACAGAUGAAGAUCUCUUUAUUUCAAAAGACUUAGAGGUUUAAAUUAGAUUAGUUUCGCAAUAAGAAAAGCAAAGUGGCUUAUUCAGUGAUAUACAGAAGUUCAAUCCUGAUAGAUACAAUUCAACAGAUAAAGAAGACCCAUACGACUUUAUUCCUUUUUCUGCAGGUCCUAGAAAUUGCAUAGGAUAGUAUUUGGCUCUCAUUGAGACCAAAGUAGCAAUAGUCUAUGCUUUAAAAAAAUUCCAUCUCAAGAAGCGUGAUGAUUAUGAGUUAAAGAUGUUUUAAGAGUUCGUAUACUCUCCAGUAGAAAAAGACCUCUUUUAUAUUAAAAGAAAAUGA